AUGGCCAAGGUUGUCAGACAGCUCUGCUAUUGUUGCAGUAGUGUUACUACUGAAAUAAAUUGUCUUCAUAUUAACGUUUGUAAAGCAAAUGGCGACAAUGAAGAUGGAAAAUCAAGAAGGGGACAAUAUGAAGGACCUGAUCCAGACUUGGCCGAAAUGCUGGAAAGGGAUGUCUUGGAGACGAGCCCUGGAGUUAGAUGGGAUGAUGUUGCAGGGCUCAGUGAAGCCAAAAGACUUUUGGAAGAAGCUGUUGUCCUUCCCUUGUGGAUGCCUGAGUAUUUCCAGGGAAUUAGGAGGCCAUGGAAAGGUGUUCUUAUGUUUGGCCCCCCUGGUACUGGGAAGACUCUUUUGGCCAAGGCAGUUGCUACAGAAUGUGGAACAACAUUUUUCAAUGUUUCUUCUGCUACUUUAGCUUCAAAGUGGCGUGGCGAGAGUGAGCGCAUGGUUCGGUGCUUGUUUGAUCUUGCGAGAGCUUAUGCCCCAAGUACAAUUUUCAUUGACGAGAUUGAUUCUCUUUGCAAUGCUCGGGGGGCUUCAGGAGAGCAUGAAUCAUCCAGAAGGGUGAAGUCUGAACUUCUAGUACAAGUAGAUGGUGUUAAUAACAGCUCCAAGGGUGAAGAUGGUAGUAGCAAAAUUGUGAUGGUCCUGGCAGCUACCAACUUUCCAUGGGAUAUAGAUGAGGCACUUAGGAGGAGGCUGGAAAAGCGAAUAUACAUUCCUCUUCCGAAUUCUGAGAGUCGUAAGGAGCUUAUUAGGAUUAACCUUAAAACUGUUGAGGUGGCUCCUGAUGUUGACAUUGAUGAAGUUGCCCGUCGAACAGAGGGAUACAGUGGGGAUGAUCUCACAAAUGUUUGCCGUGAUGCUUCCAUGAAUGGCAUGAGGCGUAAGAUAGCUGGUAAGACUCGUGAUGAGAUCAAGAACAUGUCGAAGGAUGAGAUCUCAAAGGACCCAGUUGCCAUGUGUGACUUUGAAGAAGCUUUAACCAAGGUCCAAAGAAGUGUUUCUCCUGCAGACAUUGAACGCCAUGAAAAAUGGUUUUCAGAGUUUGGAUCAGCAUAGAAUUUGAGAAACGUUCACUUCAAUUGGUUGUUUCUCCAUGGGUCCAUAAGGUCUAUCUGAUGAUUGGUGAUUUGUUUAUAUAUCUUUUAGCUAUAUUUUUUUAGAAAGAAAGAGCACUACCUGCUAGUGUGUGUCUACGUCUAGACACAGCAGGUGUUAAAAGACUGCGCUACCCUGCGUUGAAGCUCUUGUACAAGCACUCGGCCACACCCACUGGUGUGUACUUGCACCUGUGUAGCGUUCUCUUGCCCAUUUUUUAUGUUGAUAAUCAUUUGUUGUGUUGUAAGGAUAAUAAUGAGUUAUAUUUUUUAUUUUUUGUCUUAA